AUGGAUCUUCAUGGAAAUCAAAAAAAAUCAUAUAAAUAUUUAGAAAAGAAAAGAAGAGAGAAAAGCAAACUAAUCCAACAGUUCAUUUAG